AUGGAGGAAGAGGAGAAUCAAGGUCUCCUUCAAAAUGAUAAUAGUACCAAUUUUAGUGAUCAAGAUAAACAUUAUAGUUCAAAUAUAAAUGAAAAAUAUUAUUAUUAUGAUGAAAAUACACCAAUAAAACAAAAUGGCUUUUGGGGUAAACCAAAAGUUAAAGUUUUUGUUUAUCAUUUUUUAUUCGUUUUCUUAUCAAUAGUUUAUUUAUCUAUAUCAGUAGGUUUACCAUACUUAAACAAAGCAAUUUUAAGUUCAGAGUAUCAAUUUCCACUUACAUCAAGUUUAUUUCAAACAAUGGGUGCAAUAGUUAUAUUAUUAAUUUUUAAUUUAGCUCAAUAUCGUUAUCAAAGUGGUGAUUUGGUUCAAAAGAGUUAUUUCUUUGAUAAGAAUUUUAUUAAAAAAAGGUAA